AUGAAUUCUGAAUUUGUUUUAGAGUAACUCGCCUUAGGCAAACGAAUCGAUGGUCGAGAUCCAUUACAAUAAAGAAUGAUCUAAUGUCAUUUUGGGCCGUAGAGUACAGGGGCUGUUGAAUUGAGUCUGGGGGAAACUAGAGUAUUCGCAACAACUAGUGCCUCAAUAACAACACCUAAUCCAAUAAGACCAUCAGAAGGAUUCCUUAAAUUUCAUUUGGAUUUAUAAGUGUUAAGAGAUACUGGUUAUAUGCACAACCCAAUUAAAUUGGGCAUGGAAAUUGAAAAAUACAUUGAAAAAGUAAUCAAGGGAUCCAAAGCCCUUGAUACUGAGUCAUUAUGUAUAUUGUCUGGCAAAAAUGUGUGGUCAAUAGAUGUAAAUGUAGCCUUAAUUAAUAAUGAUGGGAAUCUCUUAGAUGCCAUGUAUUUAUGUUGCAUUUUCUCACUUCAACAUUUCCGAAGACCAUAAGUAAGUGUCUCCCUUUAAGGAGUAAAAGUUGAAGUUGAGAAACGAUUGGUGCCAUUAAGUAUCCACCACAUCCCUUUGAGUCUCACUUAUGCUAUAUUGGAAUUGAAUGAAUAAACCAUUCUCUUAUAAGACCCAUGUUUGGAAGAGGAAGCUGUUCAGAAUGGAAGAAUCACAUACAGUGUCAACAUUUAUAAUGAUAUUUGUCAUGUCCACAAACCUGGAGGAUCACCCAUCAAUAUUUCAAUAUUACAAUAAUUGACAACGGUGACCUUGAUGAAAUCAAAGCCAUAUACAGAAGAAAUCAGAAGUCUCUUAAUCAACAAUAAAGGUUUCCCAAUGGAGAAGACAGUCACAUUGUUCAAGUUUGAAUUGCCUAAAUAGGCCAACGAUGCCAUUUAAGUUGAGUAAUUAGAGUAAUUGUAUAAUUAAUGAAUGAUUAAUAAUUGUUAUUUUGUUAUUAUAUAAUUAA